ACAAAUUCGGAAAGUGACAGCUGAGUUGGUGGGAUGUCGACUACUCCUAAAGAUGGUGAGUCGGAAAUCCUCGAGGUUUUUGAAGAAUGCCAACUUAAUAAUUUGUCACACGAUCGCUUAUGUGUAAAACUGAAAAAUAUUUACGACAAUACACGGUUUACACACUUCGCUGAUGAUUUCUUUGAGCUCUGCCGUUACAGUUUAGUAUCCAGUGAACGGUCAUCCUAUCGCGAAAGGACAAUUGAUUUCAUCACAAAGUUUGCUCUGUUUUGUGGAAAAUCAGAUGAUAGUAGUCAAGAUACACUGAAUAACCGUUUAUUGUUAAAACUUUUCUUAUUUUGUAUUAAGUACAACGAAUGUCCGAAUCCUGCAGUAAGAUUUCGAUGUAUGCAGAUUAUUCACAAACUAUUGGAUGGGAUUGGAGACAAUGGAAUAAUGCCUGAAGAAUUGUACAGGACGUUGCAAAGUAUAUUACUUCGUCGUGUCUAUGAUACAAAGGUGUCGGUGCGAGUUGAAGCAAUCCAAGCACUUUCUCGUAUGCAAGAUCCUACUGAUGCAGAGUGUCCUGUAGUAGAGGCAUUUAUUUGGCUCACACGACACGAUCCUACUGCAGAGGUUCGGCGUGCGGCAUUAGCAGCAAUGGUUCUGACUACUCGAACAUUACCAAGUCUAGUUGAACGAUGUCGUGAUCUUGCUGACAAUGUACGUCGGGCUGCCUACAAACUGUUAGCAUCUCGAGGUAUUUUACGACCACUAUCGAUCGCAAAACGUAUCCGUAUCUUACAAGAUGGAUUAUCCGAUAGAUCGGAGGAGGUUCGUAAAGCAACUAAAGAACUAGUUUUAGCAUGGUUUAAUGGAACUAAUCGAGAUCCAGUACUACUGUUACGACGUUUAGACCCAGAAGGUGAUCCUAGUACGAGUCAAAAAGCUUUAGAUAGUCUAUUUGAAAUGUUACCACUAGACGAUCUGUUGAAAGUUGUCCAAGAAUGGUCUACAAAUUAUUUAAAUUCUGAUCGAAUACUUAAAUCCGAUUGUCUUACACCGGAAGCAACAUUUUUCUGGAGAGCAUUGGUGGAAUUUAUUCAUAAGAGACUAACUAAUGUAGAUGACACAACGACAAUAACAAUAAAAUCAGCUGUACACCUUGAGCAUGAAGAAGAAGAUGAAGAAAACAACCCUUUACAACGAUUAGCUGAUCUAGUUCAACCGUCUGUUAGUGUUUACGUUGACUUAGCUAAAAGUGUUGUGGAUAAACUUGUUCAAACUGUUCUUGCUCAAGAGUUUGAUGAAAAAGCAAUUGAACAAGAAUGUGUUGUUGAACAAAUUUUAUCAAUGGCAGGAUCACUUGAUUUAAGUGAUGAAUUUGGUCGAAGACGUUUAGUAUCACUAGUUCAUGAUUGGAUAACUAGUCAACAAGUUUCGGGUACUUUAGCUCCUCAAUUAUUAAAAUUACAUGCUAUUUUAGAACCAAGUCUGCGACGUCGUAUAAAUAGUGUAAUUGAAAUGAUUAGUGAACUUUGUGAUCCAGUAGAACCACAAAACUCAUUGAAAAGUGCAAUAUCUGUUCCAGUUGAGUCUAAUGAAAAUUGUUGUUUGACAAAAGAAACAGAAUGUACAAAUCUACAACCUGCCUUGUCAAAAAAGAAAGAGAUCAGUAUUCGUUUAAAAAUUGCUAGUCUUGAAGUUCGUAUGAAUGAACUUAAUGAAGCAUUACAUGAUUGUGUAUCACGUAAAGAAUUUGAACGUGCAACUGAACUUCGUGAUGCUUGUAAUAAAUUAGAUGUAGAACGUACAGAAUUAUUACAAGAAUUACGUGGAAAUAUUGGAAUAUCAACAGAUAAACCUCCUGUUUCGCUGUCACCAGGAUCUGAUGAACAGAUUAAGAAUGAAAAUAGAGAAGAUCUAAACACUGAAAACCCCGAUGGAGGUACAAAUAAUGAUAAAAAUGAUGGAGAUGAUGAUAACGAAGCGGAUGCAGUUGAAGAUGCAACACAAAGCCUUAUUAAACGUUGUUCAUCAUCUGUAUUAUUUAAGGCAAACAGAAUGGCUGCUUUAAUUAUACAACAAUCUCCUACUCUGUGGAGUUUGCCAGCUUCAUUACGUUCACUAUUGGACAGCUUAAUAUUGCCAAGUAUGCAACAUCCAGAUGUUGCUGUUCGUAAUCAAGCGAUAUUAGCUUUGGGUCUUUGUUGUACAAUGGACUUACCAUUAACAUUACAAUAUAUUCAUGUGUUUUACUCAGCUAUGCGUGUGGAUCAUUUGAUGAUUAGUGAAACAGCACUAGGUUGUAUUAUUGAUUGUUUGCUUAUUUAUGGGUUUCGUCCAUUUCAUGAUGCUAAUAUUAAUCCAAAUAGUCGAUUAGUGCCAACUGAUACUAUUAUCGUUGAUGAAGAUGAUGACGAUGAAGAAGAACAGAAUAUCAAAGCAUCUAAACAUGAUUAUGCUGUACUAACACGACAAACUUCACAAGAUUCUACCGAUCAGUCUCAUAGUUAUCCACAGGGUAUGUUAGUUCGAUGUGAUGAAAUGUCCAAAACAGCUUAUCGUUUAUUAAAACCGAUCACUUCACUUUUGGAAAAAGAGUCUGAUGAUGGAUUACGUUCAACUGGUGCACUUGGUCUUGCCAAAUUAUUAAUUUAUGAUCGUAUUGUUUCAAGUCAUAUACUUAGUCUAUUAUUAUUGUUAUGGUUUAAUCCAAGUAGUGAAGAGAGUCCACAACUUCGUCGUGGUUUAGCAUAUUUCUUUGCAGAUUAUGCUUGUGCUAAUGGUGUUGGAAUGGAUGCAUUUGAACAUCAAUCUGCACUCACUAAUGCUGUUUUGCCUACAUUAACUACAUUGAUUCGUGCACCUGCCUCUUCACCUUUAUCUGAAGUUGAACCAAAUGAUGUGGCUAGUUUAUUAGCUCGUUUAACUGAUACUACUCAUUUGAAAAGUCGAUCAGAGGGUAAAAAUUCAACCACUAAUCAAGAAGGAAAAGAUAUUAUCAAUAAUGAUAAUGAAGAUUCCCGUCCAAGUUCAAACAAAUCAAAAAUAAUAUCAUCAACUGGACAAAUUGAUGAAAAAAUUGUAAAUUUUUUUUUAUAUUUCAUAACCCAAUCGACUAAUUCCCUCUUCUUAGUAUUUGAAUAGCUUUAUUUGCCUCAAAUUUCACAUUAGUAAUUUAUAGUAAUUCAUAUUGGGAUAGUGGAGAAGAUUUGUAGUUCAGGUGGAUGGUUUGGUCGUGGAGCUUACGAUGAAAGCUCCACGAUCAAACCAUCCAGCUCAGAGAACAAAACUCCACCAAAAUACAUAUUGGGUUUGUGCUUACUAAUCACUAUCAUCGUUUUACACUUUGUAUUAGCGUUAAAUCCUGGGAAGAGUAUUUAUAGAGUUAAUACAAUCAAUCAAAAUAGUUUAUGAAUUUGAUCUCAACUUACUGCUAUUUCUUUCAUCUUUCAUGAGUAAAUUGAAUUUUUCAAGUUGCCUGGAUAACUAACUGUCAAUUAAAUUAAAAUGUAAAUGUGUUACUUUUUCGUAAACUUUUCAUUAUGCACACUACAAAUCGAUCAACUUUUAACAACGAACCUUAUAUCAAAUACUAUGAUAUGGUUAUUUUUGCCCUGUAAAAUUCAUCUAAAAUACCGAUCAUGUAUUCAAUGAUGUACGAAGUACACACUUUUAUCAUUGAUGUAUGCGUUCCAUGUUUUUUGAUACCCUAUAUUAGCAUAUCCAUUCUUCAAUGGUUAAAGAUCUAACAAGACUCUGAAUCGAUCAUAAAAGCAAUCGAAGAUGUAUUCGUUCUUUAACAUGUCACAAGACUCUGAGUUCUGACAUUAUUUCCUAAUUACUAUCGCUCUAAUCAAUUACGUUUUCCAAAUACUAUUGACUGUAAUUGGUGCUAUGGUUAUUUAGAAAUACUACUGACACUAUUAUACAAGGUUGCAUUCUAUUACCUCAAUGGUUAUCAUGUUUUACAUUCCUACAACGUGUAACAAUUAUUACUUUAUUAUACUUUUUGUUGUUGGAGUUGUUGUGAUCUCCGAGUUGGAUGGAUUGGUUGUUUAGCUUUCAAUACCCUUCUGAACAAUAUCAUCAGCACAUACCUCGAAAAGAAGUGAGCCGUUAGGAUCUGUCAACAACUGACUAGCAGGUCGCGUUGGUUUUUUCAAUCAGUCAGCCAUAUACAACGUAGGACCUGGCAAAUAUGUACAUCGGUUCAAGUUGUCACAUCACAUUAUCACAGACAAAAUCGUUUCGAGACAAAUCCUACAAUAGCAAAAGUGGUAAAAGUCUUAGGGGUUUCAGGAAUGAACAAAGAUAUAAAUAGAUAGAGAGUGUAAUUCCUCCAUGGCGAACGAUCCUGAUCCGUGUUCUUCAAAGUUUCUAUUUAUUGGUAAGAACUAUGACGCAGACCACAAACAGGUAGUUUACACCUAUUCACAUGGCUCGGUUCAAUUGCUAAUGACUGUAGACUAGUGUUACAUCUUGAUUUGUCCGUCCCUCACUUUCUCCCAACUUGCUUUUUGUCUCAGGAUGGUAAAUUAUGACCAAAUGUUACGAAAAACAAUGAGAACUUUACAAUGAGUCCAUUCAUCUUAGAGAUCACAAUCGUCAUCCUAAGUUCAUGUAUCUCAUGUUAGGUUUUGAAAUAUACUACUUUUUUUGUUGUUUUUUUUUGCCUAAAACAACAUGCACAAUUAUCUUUUAAGAUCAAUCCACAUCAUGAUCGUUUGGUAUCAAUUUUGGCUACUGAAGUUUUAAAAGCACCUCAAUCCGCUGAAGCUAAAUUAUAUCUACGUAUGAUUUUUCAAUUACGACCUUCUACUGAAAAUAUAAAAAUUCAUAAAGAAUUAUUAACUUUAAUUGAUUCAAUGUCAAAAUUUGCUGAUAGAUCUUUACAUCUUAUGCUUCAUCGUUUUCGUAAACAACUAGUUGAAAAAAUGGAACGUCUUGGUAUUGAUUCUACAAGAUUGAAUGAAUCCAUAUUAUCUGAAAAUGAAAAUGACAAGGUAAAUACUUCUCCACUUCAUGAUAAUGAUGAUGACUCUAAUCAUACAUUGAUGAAUAAUGAAGGUAUCCAACAAUCACAACCUACGUUACUUGGAUCUGCCCGAGUGAACUUUCACUUGGUUAAUUCAUCUGAACAUCAUAUCAUUGAAAGGAAUCAGGGAAAUGCUACAAUGAUAUUUAGUCAAUCAAAUAGAACUAUUUCUGCUGGUGGUAAUCCUUUAUUAGAUAAAUCAUCACAUCAAAACUUACUGGAUUUUUCCGACGAUGAUGAUGAUGAAGUUGAUUGCGAUCUAACUCCUACCUCAAAACCAACAGUAUCUAAUACUAAUCCUUCAAGUAAACAAAUCAAACCAAAAAAGAAUAUUGAAAUAGCAGAUAGUCAUCAAAAGAAUGUCAAUAAUAAUUUAGAAAAAAAACCAUUCAAUAAAACAAGUCGUGGAAAAGUUGUCCUACAAAGUUCAGACAAUGAAAAUACCAAUAGUAAUAAUAAUUCUGUAAAAAGUCAUUCAACAACAAAUUCACGUAGUCGUAAUCCUAAAAAAUUAAAACAUUCUCAUAAAAAAAUUGAAACAUCACCAUCAUCAUCAUCUCCAGCAUCAUCCUCAUCAUCUGUAGUAAAUAGUUCUAGAAGAUCAACUAGAUUGUCAAGUGAUCAAAAAUUGAAUCGAAGAAUUUAAAUAAACUAUAUUGUGUAUAUUUCGUUUUUUCUCUUCUUCUUCUUCAAUAACUGUUAUUAGUAUUAUUAUAAACUCUUUUAUUGUACAUGAUGAACUGUUCUUUGUUUAAUUGUAUAUGACCCGGAAACUAAUUAUUAUAUAAUCCAUUGUUUCUUCUCUCUC